AUGUUUGUCACAAACGGAGGUGUCUGGAAAACCAUCGGAUGUUCUCUCACCAUUUGGUGUAGGGGAGGUGUUUGUGAGAUAACCAAAAUGCUAGUGACAUUGUCCACCUUUAGUGGCGUUGUGUUGCUCGAGACCACCGUCAGCUGUGGUGUUUGCGUGGAGGCGCUUUAUGCCAUUAGAGCGGCGGAGGAUAUUAGUCCUUCGGCUGUCGGCCUCCAUAAUUCGAUUGUCGGGGAAAUGGUUAUUAUUGAGCCACCUUGUUGCGAUGCUUCAUUGGGUGGAGACAGUGGGCGCAUAGGGAAUCGACAGAUCUUACAACUCAUCGACGGAGGCUUUGGUGGAGGCGGUGUCGCAGCUGAGGGGUAUGGUCGAAAAGGAAGAAGAAGGUUUAUCAUAUCGUAA